AUGGGUACCACAAGUGGCGCAAUUCAGGUUCACAACCCAAAGGUGGUAAUCCCCGUGUACGACCCAAAACUUGGCGCCUUGUAUUACGUUCUUUUGAUGAUGGCUCCUGUUGCAGUUCUAGCAAACGGAUUCACGUACAACAUUCUUCGCCAAGAGAAAAGUGGCUUUGACGACGUCACAAAACAGAUCCUGAAGGUGUUCACGAUAUCGUAUGCGGUUUUUGGAGUCGGGGAAGCCCUGGUGUCGCUAUUACAAGUUAUUCCACUUGACCGUCAGGUGAAAUUAGCUAUGUGUUUGUACCAUGGUCCACUGAUCUACCUUUGUUUCUUCUUCACGUUGACAUUAACGUGUCUUCUGAAUAUCAAUCGUUAUAUCAUAGUCACAAGGCCGCUGAGAUAUCACCUGAUAGUGACAGAUCGAAGAGCCUCAGUGAUCCUUGGCGUGGCCAUAGCUGAAUCCAUCCUCCUGACCAUCAUCAUGGCACCUAUUCCAGGGAUGCCCGCAGAACAGCUACAGAGACACAUGUGUGAACAGAAGGAGGAAGAGAUCAAGGGCAGUUACUAUCUCAUAUUCUUGAUUGCCUACGUAGUCGUCACGGUAUGCAUAACAAUCGUUUCGACAGUCCGGUUGUUGGCUAUUUCCAGAAGGCAAGCGAAAGCCAUUGCAGCUAUUGGAGGAACAGAAGUCUCUGAUCUGCAAGGCACUAACGCAUCAGUUACCAAUGUGGAUGGUAAGGAAGAGGUGGUCACGACCAAGAGACAGCACACUCGCAACAGAAGAGCCUUCUUGACCAUCUUUCUCUUGAACGUUGUCGUCUUUGUCUCUUGGAUGCCUCUCAUCAUCUUCUACGGGCUGGCCUUUGGUGGUGUUACGGUGCCAUCCAUCUUUAAGAGUUCUAUGAUGAUUCUUAUCAUGUCAACAACAUGGUGGCAUUGCCUGGUUUACCUUGUCACCAAUAAGGCCUUCCGUGAAACAGCCUUGCAUAUCCUGAAGAGAUUAUGGGCCAAGUUUUCCUUCUAG